UACAUUCACCACUCCCUGUAGACUGAGACUCACUGUUUUACUUCAUAGCAAUGGAACCAACAAUAAUCAGAGAAGGAUACCUAGUGAAGAAGGGAACUGUGCUCAACUCAUGGAAGGUGGUGUGGGUGGUGUUAGCAGAUGAUGCCAUUGAGUUUUACAAGAAGAAGACCGACAACACUCCGAAGGGAAUGAUCCCUCUGAAGGGUGCGACUCUGACCAGCCCGUGCCAGGACUUCACUAAAAGAACGCUAGUGUUCAAGAUCAGCACAGCUAAGAACCAGGACCAUUUCUUCCAAGCGACCCACCUUGAGGAGAGGGAGCUUUGGGUUAAAGAUUUCAAGAGAGCCAUCACUUGUUUACAGGGAGGCAAGAAGUUUGCCAGGAAGUCAACGCGUCGAUCCAUUCGGUUACCGGAAAAUGUUAACCUGAGUGAACUGUAUGUUUUAAUGAAAGAUCAAGACAAUGGAGUUAAAGAGCUGAAGGUAGAGAAGGAUAAAAGGCUGUUCAAUCACUGUUUCACAGGAAACACAGUGAUCGACUGGCUGAUUUCUGAGGGGAAGGCCAGAAACAGACCCGAGGGACUGAUGCUGGCCACCGGACUGCUGAACGAGGGAUUCCUGCUGCCCGCCGGAGACGUGUCCAAAGACGGCGCCCUGGGUGAGGACGAUCCUCUCGGCUCCAUUCAUCUGCGUGGCUCAGUUGUGACGGCGGUGGAAUACGUGCCUGAUGAGUGA